AAAAUUUGAACUUCGAAUUUGUGAUUUUUAAUAAGAAUAGUCAUUUUAUCAUUGAGCGUCUUUAUCAUUAAAUAUCGAAUAUUUUAAUUAUUAAUUUAUUUGAUUUAUAAAAUGAUUUGGCAAUUGUUUCUAUGUGUAGUAGUGUUUUAUUGUUUAUUUCUACGAUGGAAAGCAAGACAUCAGAUAAAGUUCUCCAAAUUAUUCAAAAGUGAUAUAAAAUCCUUACCGAUUCUUGGAGACUCCCACUGGUUCCUGAAAUGCAAAAAUGAUACUGAUCGAUGGAAACUACUAGAGAUGUUUGGUAGAGAAGCACUGAAACAAGGCGGAUUGACGAUUUCUUGGCAAGUGCACAGACUUUUCUUAAUGGUAGCAGAUCCCGUAGUUGCAGAAUUUUUAAUGAAGAAUUGUCUAGAGAAAGACGACUCAAUGAAGUUAGCGCUUGCUCUGGUUGGCAAUGGCAGCGUCGUUGCUGAUGUGCCAAUAUGGCGUCCACGCCGCAAGGUCUUCGUAUCAACCUUCAGCCUGAAGAAUCUGCUGAAUUUCACGGGAAUAUUCUCGGAACAGAGCAUGAUCUUGACGGAACAGCUACAGAAGGUGGCUGGUAGAGGAAGCUUCUCCUUGUCUGACUAUAUCAUUUCGUAUGCUAUGGAUUCUGUUUGUGAAACAACGCUGGGCAUCACAGUGAACGCUCAACAGACCCCAAACCAGGUCCUAAUGCAAGCAUUCACGGGCUGCUGUCAGCUGAUAUCAGACCGCAUCAUCAAGCCCUGGCUGCACUUCACCCCGCUGUACAAACUGACGCCAGAGCACAAGCAGUUCAUGGUGUAUGUCGAUAUUAUUGAAAAAUUUAUUAAUAAGGUAAUCCAAGACAAACGAAGGGAUAUGGCAGAUAAUAACAACAUCAAAGCUGAAAACAAAGACGCUCCAUUCAAAUCCUUCCUCGAGCUGAUGAUAGAAGCAUCAGGAGGAUCCUCAGGGUACAACGACAUGGAGCUGCGCGAGGAGAUCGUUCUGCUGUUUGUGGCCGCCACCGACACCACCACGCUCGGCGCCAGCUUCACCAGCGUACUGCUGGCCAGGCAUCCUCAAGUGCAGGAGAAGGUUCAUCAAGAGUUGCAAGAAGUCUUCGGUGACUCCAACCGGCCGGUGACAGCAGAUGAUUUAACCCGCCUUAAAUACUUGGACGCUGUGAUCAGGGAGAGUCUGCGGCUGUACCCACCAGGGCCACUGUUGUUGAGAAGAGCUGAUGAAGAUGUGGUUCUCCCAUCAGGACAGACCCUCCCAAAAGGUACGGGCAUCAUGCUGUGCGUGUUCGCGACACACCGCAACCCUCGCUACUGGGGGGAGGAUGCGGAGCAGUUCCGACCUGAACGCUUCCUUGAUGAGCAGCUUCGACACCCCGCUGCUUUCCUGGCCUUUAGUUAUGGACCUAGGAAUUGUAUUGGUUAUCGCUUCGCGAUGAUGUCAAUGAAGGCAGUCCUGGCAACUCUCCUCCGCCGGUACAAAGUGUUACCGAUCUCCGAAGAAGACUUAGGGAAACCUAUAGACCUGAAGUUCGAUGUCAUGCUGAGAGCCGCUGAUGACUUCCAAGUUAUAUUAGAACCUAGAUCUUGAAAAUUUGAUAAUUUUGUUUGUCGGAGCAAGUUGUAAAAUAUUUUGUAUGGAGGUAUAUACCACCUAGUAUAUACCUAUAUAUACCACCUAGUAUAUACCUCUACAUACCUACGUAUAUUAGUUAAUUUUGUGAUAUAUGUUGAUAGUAUAUAGCAUAAAGAUAGACUAUAAAGUGUAACGAAUGAAAA